AUUCUUCAAAUAUUUCUCUUUAUUUAUGCACUCAUCUCUUACAAGUUUUUGAUACAAUAUGCCCACAAGUAAUUGUUUCAAUGCAACAAGCCAAUAUUGUCGAUCGAGAAAAUCAGCCACAAGAAAUUGAAGAUACAAGUAUAUUGUAUACUGGAUUAGUAUUGUUAUUACAAUGUUUUGGAAAAUUAAGUCAAGAUGGAGAUGAUAAAAUACGAGAAUGCCUAUUUAAAGGAGGAAUUAUCGCCUCAAGUAUUUCUGAUAAAACGUUUCCGCGUGUAACCAAAGCCGCAUCGUCACCUUCUUUGCAGCAAGGAAUCUCGGAAUUUGCAUAUAUUAAAAGAGAUAUUAUUAGAGUAAUUGGAAACAUGGCAUAUGAUAAUUGCUCUGUUCAAGACGAGGUUUUUAGCUUACUAUUGGUAAAAAAAAAUUGUAGUAUUUUUCAAAUUUCAGAUAUUCGUGAACAUGCUAUAUUUGCACUUCGUAAUUUGCUAAUUAACAAUUCUGAAAAUCAAAAGCUGGUUAAAGAGCUUGAACCAAUUGCACCAGUUCAAAAUGACGUUCUGAGUGAGAUCGGCAUUAGAACUGAGCUAGGAAAUGAUGGUAAAAUAAAGUUUACAACUGAUUCAAAUAAAACGUAA